AUAACCCUAGCUCUAAUACUAUAAAUUAUUAACAUACCAAACACUUUUUAUUGCAAUAUCUAAAAUUAAUCCAUACAAAAAUGGAUGCACUUCUACAAUUGGAUCACUAUAAUUUCUCUUGGAUCAUAGAAAUAAUCCUAAAUUCAUCAUCCCACAUAAAAUUCAUCCUUACUAUUACCCUUAUCAUUUCCUUUAUCUCCCUUACACGAAAACGAACUCACAUAUACCUCAUUGAUUUUGCGUGCUUCCAACCACCCGCCUUCCAUCGGAUUUCCAUAGGUGCAUUCAUAGAACACUCGUUCCUACGAGGAAAACACACGAAAACAUCCGACACACACGAGUUCGAAAAGAAAGUAACGCUAAGAUCAGGAAUGGGAAAUGAGACAUAUGCCCCUGUUGGAAUGGAUUUCAUUCCUUCUGAGGGGUGUUUAAAACGAGCUACCGAUGAAGGGCAACUUGUUUUAUUCACAAUUGUUGAAAAUCUCUUAACAAAACAUAAGAUCAAUCCAAAAAAUAUUGAUAUUUUAGUGACUAAUUGUGGGAUUAAUUGUCCAAUUCCUUCAGUAGCUUCUGUUGUAAUUAAUAGAUUUGGACUUAGGAGUAAUGUGAGAAGUUAUCAUUUAUCAGGAAUGGGGUGUAGUGCUGGGAUUUUAGCUAUUAGUUUGGCAAAAGAUUUGCUUAAUGUUCAUAAGAAUUGUUUAGCAUUAGUGCUUAGUAGUGAGAUAAUUUGUUCUAAUGUUUAUCAUGGGAAGCAAAAGUCUAUGCUUCUUGCUAAUUGUUUAUUUAGGAUGGGUGGUGCUGGUGUUUUGCUCUCUAAUAGGAAAGUUGAUAGAAAUGCGGCUAAGUAUGAGCUUCAACAUAUUGUUCGAACCCAUCUUGGUGCCCAAGAUGAUGCUUAUGGAUGUGUGUACCAAAAAGCUGAUGAGGAAGGCAAUGAAGGGAUUAGUCUCUCCAGGUCAAUAGUUCAUGUAGCAGGAAAAGCAUUGGAAAGCAACCUAACAACCCUUGGGCCUUUAGUGUUACCUUACUCAGAACAAUUCCGAUUCGGCAUUCAUUUCUUGAAGAACAAGUUAACUAAGAUCAAAUUAAGUCCCUUUGUCCCAAAAUUUAAAAAGGCAUUUGAUCAUUUUUGCAUCCAUGCAGGAGGGAAAGCGGUGAUCGAAUCGAUAAAAAAGAGUUUGAGUUUAAGUGAUAGAGAUGUAGAAGCAUCUAAGAUGACACUAUAUAGGUAUGGUAACACUUCAUCAUCCUCAACUUGGUAUUCUUUAUGCUAUCUUGAAGCUAAAGGGAGAAUUAAGAAGGGUGAUAAGGUUUUUCAAUUGUGUUUUGGGAGUGGAUUUAAAUGUAAUAGUGCUGUUUGGAAGUGUAUUUCUAAGAAUGUUAGUAAGGAUGUUUCUAAUGCAUGGUCUGAUAGGAUAAAUAGGUAUCCUGUUGAUGUGCCUGAAGUUAUUGAACAUUGAACAUAAAUGUAAGAGAAGAUGCUUGUUUGGAGUAGUUUUGUUAUGUAUAGAUAGUGUUGUAACAAAUCUAAACGCUAUUAACAUGAACACAAGUGAUGAACUUGAU